GUAGGGGCUUUUGGCCCUCCCUGAUUUUGGCAGGCGCAUGUCCUUGUGGAGAGUCGGGCUUAUUUGGAAAAUAGGGAGUUGUCAGGCGGAAGAGAAGACUUGGCUUAAUAUUUCAUUCGCCUAUCCAAAGCUCUCGCUGCAAGUUUUCUGUGGCAUGUGUUUAAAACCGACAGCAGGCCUAUAACUAGCAUAUAUCUCAAACCGAGUUUACAAGCCAAGGAAUUUGUUGACGGGGAUUUAUCAUCUUAAUAGCCAUCCCUCUGGAAAGCGCUGGUGUGCUGUCAUUGCGUAAGCGCAUACCCCACCUCCCUCGAAAGUGCUACUUCUGGAGGGCUAGAGCGAACAUCACUGAACCUCUCACCUCCCUAACACAGUCUGUCUCCUACAUAUGUUUGACUCUCCACCUCUAUCCAGCCGACAGUGAGUCAUCCCCGGAAUAGCCAGUCGACCCGCCACUCCCGGUGGGUUCUUGUGCGGAGGAUGGAGACGAACCCCAUUCCCGUGGUAACGGUCCAGACGAGCCCGUUUGAUGACCAGCGGCCCGGUACCAACGGGCUGCGGCGGAAGACGGCUGUGUUCGAGGGCAAGAAGAACUACCUGCAGAACUACAUCCAAAGUGUACUGUCGUCCAUCGACCUGAGAGACCGCCAGGGAUGCACGAUGGUGGUGGGCAGCGACGGACGCUACUUCAGCCGAGCAGCCACCGAGAUUAUAGUUCAGAUGGCUGCUGCCAACGGGAUUGGUCGGCUGGUGAUUGGACACAACGGCCUCCUCUCCACCCCUGCUGUGUCCUGCAUCAUCAGGAAGAUCAAGGCCAUUGGUGGAAUCAUCCUGACAGCCAGUCACAAUCCAGGAGGCCCCGGGGGAGACUUUGGGGUCAAAUUCAACGUGGCCAAUGGAGGCCCGUCUCCGGACACGGUGAUGGAGAAGAUUGCCCAGGUGAGUAGGACCCUGGAGGAGUAUGCCAUAUGUCCUGACCUCCGCAUUGACCUGGCCAGGCUGGGACGCCACGACUUUGACCUGGAGAACAAGUUCAAACCCUUCAGAGUUGAGAUAGUGGACUCAGUGGAGUUGUACCUCAACCUGCUGAGAACCAUCUUUGACUUCAACGCCAUCAAGAGCCUUCUGACAGGACCUGAACAGCUGAAGAUACGCAUAGACGCCAUGAACGGAGUGAUGGGUCUCUACGUGCGCCGUAUCAUGUGUGAUGAGCUGGGGGCUCCUGCCAACGCUGCUGUCAACUGUGUCCCCAUGGAGGACUUUGGGGGCCGGCCUCCAGAGCCCAACCUCACAUACGCAGCCCCAUUGGUUGAUGCCAUGAAGGGCGGAGACAUUGGUUUCGGAGCUGCUUUCGAUGCAGACGGGGACCGGUAUAUGAUCCUGGGUGAGAAUGGUUUCUUUGUGAACCCUUCAGACUCCUUGGCUGUUAUGGCGGCCAACCUCUCCUGUAUCCCCUACUUCAGACAGCUGGGACUAAAGGGCUUCGCUAGGAGUAUGGCUACCAGCACUGCCUUAGACAGGGUGGCCAAGGCCUUGAAGGUGGCGCUGUAUGAGACUCCUACAGGCUGGAGGUUCUUUGGGAACCUGAUGGACUCUGGGAGGUGCUCGCUCUGCGGAGAGGAGAGCUUCGGGACAAGUUCAGACCACAUCCGUGAGAAGGACGGUCUGUGGUCGGUGCUGGUGUGGCUGUCCAUGAUGGCUGCCAGGAAACAGGGCGUGGAUGAGAUCGUCAAGGACCACUGGGCCAAGCUCGGACGCAACUACUUCUGCAGGUUUGACUAUGAGGGGGUGGACCCCAGAGCAGCCUUCUAUCUGAUGAGGGACUUGGAGGGGGUGAUCACAGACAAAGCCUUCCCAAGCCAGAAGUUUGCUGUGGGGAAUGCCGUCUACAGCGUGGAGCGGGCUGAUAACUUUGAGUACGUGGACCCUGUGGACGGAACCGUGGUCCGCAACCAGGUCAGGUCCCUGCGGCAUCUGUACUUCACUGAUGCUAUCCGUCUGGUUGCUUCACGUCUGCGUGGGAGGUGCGGGGCAGGGGCCGGGGCCAAGAAAAGAAAGCCUGAAGUAGUGGCAGUAAUGUGUGAAGUGUGUAUAAAGCAGUGUGUGCUGUCUGUAUACCAGGCGGUGCUUGGUCCCCCCCCCAUUGCCAGUAUUAGUGCUUUGUGUAAAGUGCGUAUAAAGCUGUGUGUGUGUUCUGUGUCCCAGGCGGUGCUGGGUCCCCUCAUCGCCAUUGCCCUGAAGAUCUCUGACAUCCACGAGAGAACAGGACACCGCGGCCCCACCGUCAUCACCUGAGCUCUGCUCCACCGCACACACACACACACACACACACACCUGAGUGCUCCCCCCCCACAAAACACACACAUCUCUGAGGCCACCAUGUCCUGCUUGUUGCCACACCUGGGGCCAAUAGCAAGCAAGCGCUAUUCACUCUCUAUUUAUCUCAACAUUUUAAAUAUUAUUUGGUCUGCAAAGAAAAGAAGCAAGCUGUGUAUUUCAGCAGUUGAUAAGACACCAAUUGUUAAUAUCAUGCCUCUGUUUUGAAAGUUUUAUGUUCUGGAUGUGUGAAAUUACAGCCACAAAGCCUGUGUCUUUAUCUAUGUGUGUGUGUGUGUGUAUUUGUUUGCCUUAUCAUUCAUUAUAAAGGCGACUGACAGAAUUAAAGUCCAGUUGUUUAUA